GCAGCGUCGCGGCGUCGCAGCCCCAGCGCGCCGCGCGUGCGUGCGUGCGUGCGUGCGUCCUCCCGCUCGUGCGUGCGUGCGUGCGUGCUUGCGCUCGGCGGCGGCGGCGGCGGCGGCGGCGGCAGCGGCGUCCCCUGCCCCGAAUGAAAGGGCCGGUCCCGGCCACGCAGCGGCCCUGAGCGACCGGCGGCCGCGGGGGGCGGGCCGCGCCCAGCCGCUGCUCUCAGCCCCGCCGCCACGCCCGCCGCACGGCAUUGAUAGGAGUGAAGUGGCAUUCUAAGGACAUUUAAAAUCAUGACAAGCUCAGUUGGACAGAAAAAAGUCUCUUCAAGACAAAGGAAGUGUGGUUUUUGUAGAUCUAAUAAAGAUAAUGAAUGUGGACAAUUAUUGAUGUCAGAAAACCAGAAGGUGGCAGCACAUCACAAAUGUAUGCUGUUUUCAUCUGCACUGGUAUCUUCACACACUGAUAAUGAGAGUCUUGGUGGAUUCUCUAUUGAGGAUAUUCAGAAAGAAAUAAAGAGAGGCACUAAAUUGAUGUGUUCUUUAUGCCAUUGUCCUGGAGCAACCAUUGGUUGUGAUGUGAAAACGUGUCACAAGACAUAUCACUACUACUGUGCUUUGCAUGAUAAAGCUCAGAUAAGAGAGAAACCCUCACAAGGCAUUUACAUGAUUUUAUGUCGAAAACACAAGAAAACUACGCAUAACUCUGAAGCAGAUUUAGAAGAAAGUAUCAAUGAACAUGAGUUGGAGCCUUCACCUCCCAAAGGAAAAAGGAGGGGUCGUAAGGGAAAGCCAAGAAAAACAAAUUUAAAAGGGCAAUCAGAAGACACUAGAUCUACGUCCUCACAUGGCACAGACGAAAUAGAAAGCAGUUCCUAUAGAGACAGGUCUCCCCACAGAAGCAGCCCCAGUGAUACAAAACCUAAAUGUGGAUUCUGUCAUGCAGGUGAAGAAGAAAAUGAAGCUAGAGGAAAGCUUCAUAUAUUUAAUGCCAAAAAGGCUGCAGCACACUAUAAGUGCAUGUUAUUCUCUUCUGGCACUGUCCAGCUAACAACAACAUCAAGGGCAGAGUUUGGUGAUUUUGAUAUCAAAACUGUUCUUCAAGAAAUCAAGAGAGGAAAAAGAAUGAAAUGCACGCUUUGCAGCCAGCCUGGUGCUACUAUUGGGUGUGAAAUUAAAGCCUGCAUAAAAACAUACCAUUACCACUGUGGAGUAGAAGACAAAGCUAAAUACAUUGAGAAUAUGUCACGAGGAAUUUAUAAACUCUAUUGUAAAAACCAUAGUGGAAAUGAUGAAAGAGAUGAAGAGGAUGAAGAAAGAGAAAGCAAAAGCCGUGGGAAAUCAGGCACUGACCAUAAUGACAUUCCUCAGCAGCAGCUCAAUGGAAACUAGGUUCAAGGGACAGAGUUAUAGAACUGGGAAUGGCUAAGACAUCAUAACUACUAAUUCUUUUAAAUUGUUUUCUAAAUUCAAAAAAGGGUUAGUAAUUUUUUUACUACCCAACUCUGUUAGAAAUUUCAUUGAACUGCCUGAAACGUUCAUGUGUGUGAGCCUUCAGUAAGUGGCAGAGUUUUACAUGUCAAUAUUAAUGUAGUUUGUAGUCUGCAGUGUCUGGAAAAAAAAAUGAAACACUAUAUAAAUGAUAUGUAAUAUGUACAGUGUCAAAAGUUAAGGCAGACAUUGAAAUGAAGCAAGAUCUAUAUUUCUGGACUGAAUAAAAACCUUAAGAUUUGGAACGUGUAAGUUGUUUAGUGGAUUCAUGCAAAGAAGGAAGGUCUUAGCUAGUUUAAUUAACAACAUGGACAAAUUCAUGGUGGCAACAAGCUGGUACUUUGUGAAUUUUGCAUUUUCUUCAUAUACAAGUUAUGGAGGCCAUACAUGGGAAAGCCGCUCUCUGUUUUUGCUUGCAAAGCACACAGUGAAAAAGGACUCAGUGUACACCGAAGCACGCUUGAACAUUUCAGGUUGUUCCUGUUGUGAUUGCUCAUUCCGCCCAGCAUUGUUUGCAGGAGAUUUACUUGAGCAGCUGUUGGUUCUGAGCUGUGAGCUUUAGAACUCAUGCCAAAGGGCUGUAGUUCAUUCUUUCCCCAACAACACACCUCUUUCAGUGUCCCUGAUUUACAAAGAACACUUUACUAAGUGUGAUUUAAACCUUACUAUAUAAAUGCUUGGACUCUGCAGCCCGAUCUUUCUCUUCAGAGAGUUACAACUCUUAACUCACUAUGGAAUUUAGCCACCAUAUCUGACGUCCAUACCUCAAGUGUUCUAUGUUGUAUGGAACACUUCAUGUUUUGUCCAGAAUAUGCAUAGAGGUCCCAUAUUCUGUAAGAAGAAUGAGGAAACAACUUUGUUUUUGCUAGAUUGGUAUUUAUUUUUUAAUCUUAUGACCACUAUAUGAGAAACUUUGCUUAUCAUCCUUAUUGCUUUAGUGAUUUUUUUUUUCCUCCUCUUUCUGUCAAGUCAACAAAUCACAUCAUGGAAUUCUACUUGCUGGAGCUUUUGAUGUUCCUUUAGGGAAUAAUCAGAUCUAAGUUAUACCAAACCUAACAGAUCAGUCCUCUGACUGCUUUCAAAACACCUUGUAAUUUCUAAUGGCUACAAGUUUCUUCAAUUGGUCUGUUAAAGCACAUUCUCAGACUUAAAUAAAACCAAAAAGCUGAAUCUAGUCCACAUGUUUGUCUGUUGCUAUCACAUCAUUGUAUUGUUUGUUUAGGGUUUUGACUUGUUUCGCUCUGAACUCCCAACAAAACUUCCAGAUUUGAAGGAAGGAAACAAGCAAAAUACACUGAUUUGACUAUAAACUGCUACAGUUCUGUGAUUGGUAUUGCAAAAACAGUUCAGUUGUAACAUGAGUUUCUGUAGCAUUUUUUACUUGUAUUUUUAAAAGAUUUAAUGUGUGUCAUUGUCUUCUUAUGCAUUCCCUUAAUGUCUUGAGGGACUCAAUUACUGUAUAUUAGAGUUUCUAACAUUUUACCUGUUAGAAUUCAAUCAAUUCUGUUUGCUUUCCUGGAGAAUAAUGCAGUUUUGGAAAGAAAUAUUGCUGUGUACAGAAAAUAUUCAGUUACUGCUCUAAACAUGAUGCCAUUGAUCAUUUUUAUUUUGUAUUUGUAACUUUCAAAAUUAAAAGCGUGACUUGAAUUGCAAUGACAGAUCGAUUAUUGAAAUUGUCUAUCAAGGUGUUUUGUUUCUUCUAGAACAUGAACAUUUUUCAGCCACUCAGAACAGUUUUAGAAUGCGAAAUAACAUACUUCAGUGUCUAAAUUACUUCUAGAUUUGUGCCUCAGACAUGGCCCUCCCAUGGAAUAAAGGCACUUUGUUUGCAGCUACUGUAUUUUUAACCAAGGCUGGAUGACAGGUGCAUGGGGUAGAUCUGCCAGCAUACUGACUGUACUUGAGACUAAGCGCUAUAUGGCGUCAGUUGCUUAGUAUAAAGUAUAAUAUUCAGUCCAGUAAUCCAUCUGUUGUGAAAUAUAUUACCCCAUUCCAUGCUUCUGAGAACCAGAACAGCACUUUACCUUUGGGUAGCAGAAAAGUAAGUGGCUGGUUACCUGUUACCUCCUUGUGCUGAGAUGGCCUGACUAAACUGUCGUUAAUUCAGAAUUCAUGGAAACAAUGUCAAAAGCAAAAAUCUCUUUUCUUAUGAGCCUCAAAUUUGUCAUAACUUGACUUCAAUUUAUGUAUGCUGGGUAAAAGUGCCUUACAAUGUAAAAAUUGUAUUUAUAUGUUCCCAAGUAGCAUUACCUGCUGGGGAGUAAUUCUGUCGUGGUGUUAAUAUUUAGAAGAAAUGUACCUCAGCAGUGUAUUUACUGUACAUCUCUUAUGUCCUUAAUUGUAGUUUUAAAAAGCAUGACAAUGUAUGAUAGUAUACAACAUUUACAUAUUUUUUUUAAAGACAAAAUACUGCCAUUACUGUCUUUUUAUGUGUAUUUUAGCUUGGAAUUUCAGACAGUCUGUCUGAGGGGGGGUUUUGUUUGUUUGUUUGUUUUGGUAAAGCAAUGUAAUCUUUGCAAGCAUAUAUUGGAAGAUUAUUCUGGAGCAUCUACUGCCUUCCCAGAAACGUUAGAAGUAAUACAAGUGCUCUGUAGGUGGGAUAGGUAUGUUUAAAUUAGCUAGGUAAAUUAAUGCAGUCUAUUUUUUACUGAGAUGAUUUUUUUUUUUUGGAUAGGCACCUUCUGUUUUCAUCUCACAAUCGGAGAACUCUUAAUUUAACAAAACUUGUCUUUAUGAAACUGGUGUCACUAUUUUAUUUUUAUUUUUUGGCCUUUGGGUAUUUCUUUUGCUCACAAGUGUAAUGUCUGCUGUUUAAAGUCUCCUGGAACCCUCUGGGAUGGAGGUUUCUCCCCAACUCACUGUAUCUCUGUAUUAACAGAUCUGCGAUCGUGCUAUACCAAGAAAGGACUGUACCAAGGAAGGACAGGCAUCAGAAGGGUAUUGUUCAAAUUACUUGAGGAUACAGCUGGUGUAAUGCCAGAGUCCCAAGGCAUGAUCAAACACCAUAGCAGUAAGCUGUGCUAUCACUCCAUUUCAAGGAAGGGCAAAAGGCCGGUUCAAUACCAACAUCUGUGUAGCUAAGUAGGAUGAAAUAGAUUAGGUGACCAAAAUACCUGCUUAUUCAGCAGGUGUUGAUCCACAGGAGGUUCUAUGAUAAAGCUCCAGUAGGAGUUGUACCAGCGUAAUUCCUGGAGGGCAGCAAUAAGUCCACCAUCUACACUCCACAAAGUCUGAUCUUUAGGUACAAAGAGCUGUGCUGAUCUAGAAUGAUGUGGUUAGACUGAAUCUGGCUCGAAAUUUCUGUUAUUAGUGUACAAUAAAUGUAAUAUUAAGUAAGAGGCCUUGCUUCUUAACUGCUGCCUAAAUGAAGAGUAACUUUACAGUGAAGCAGAGUGAGAGAUGAAGGGGUGAUAACGUAUUUGAAAUAUCAGACUUAUCUGGCAGGUGAUAAUCGGUUCAUUCCAAAAACGUUAAUGUGCUGAAUCAGAUUGACAAGAAAAUGAAUCCUAAUUAGUUGAAAUUAAUCUGAAGAGAACUGAAAGUACAUCAUAGCAAAUAGUAACUCUUCUUCCACAUCACAAGGAACAGAUUCCACUGUAUUAGUGAUGGAGGUUUAUAAAAAAAAAAAAAAAAAAGAAAGAACAGCUCUUAAUUUAUAUACUUAUUGAAGCAGAUUCUAUAUAUGCAUAUGUAUGCACAUUCAUUAAUCAGCAGUACAUCUCAACCCUUAAAAGAUCCUGGAGAACUGUUGCUUGUCAAAAAGCACUCAGGUUAGGCUAACAUUUGCAGCUUUUGCUCUAGCAUACAUUUACAUUAGGUGUAAAGACAAGGAAUGUGUAAAAGAGGGUAAAUGCAUUCCUAUCUACAAUGUUAUGUAUAUUUUGUUCCUGUUAUAUUGGCUUUACUUCCAAAGUUGUAGUUUGCAGUAUUAGUUUCUUUUUAUUGGUAUCCUUGCAUAUAUAUAUAUUCAAUAAAUGAGUUAUGAAUUUCA